CUCCCGCCCCCGCCUGGCGCAGUGGUACAAUCCCCGCGUCCAGUUGCCAUGGCAGCAGAGCCCGGAGCUGUCCAGUGACGGCCCGCAACAUGGCCCGGGUCUCUCAGGGCACUGACCCCGUGGGCAGCCUCCUGGUGCAGGUCCAGAACGACUUGGAGCAUUUGAGAAAGAGACUGACACACACCAGCAUCAAGGAACAUGGGGAGACUGUGGAUAUCCAAUCUCUGGAGAAAGCAAUUCAAAGGACAGAACUUGGCCUUAAGAAACAUACCGAGGACUACCUGAGUUACAUCAGCUGCAAUCCAAUGACAUUACUUCAUGAUGGAAGCAAGGACAAGUACAUCCCGCAUGUGAUAAAAGGGAGCAAUCCGGUGGAUCCUACAAAGCAGACACAAAGAGCACGUCCUUUAAAUUUCCCAGAUGCCAGACCUCAUGCACCUGGAAUGUCCAUUUACCUGUCACCUGGACAGCAGCACAAGUUGUCCUUGAACAAUCGUAUCGUGUACAAUCCUGAGAGUGUUGCAAACCGUGACCUACUCAAUCAAAGCCAUGGGAUCAGUUUGCCGCUAAUCAACUGCAAACAGAAAACCUCUGUGCCCCUUGAGAAGAUUGCCAGGGGUACCACUGUCCGCAAUCUGCUUGUUUUACCAGCCACACACCGGAUAGAUGCCUCACUGCCCCCACCACCUGUACAGGAUAAAGACAUGCAGCGAGGUAUUCUGAGCCUGCUGCAAAGAGGUCUCAUUCCUCCGACUGCUCACCUCACACUGGUUCCGCCUCCCAUUUUACCCCGUACUGUGCCCAUGCACAGUGCUAGAGCUAGGCGGAUAACUGCCCCUAAACAAGUUACAGACAAAGAUCCUACCAAGAUAACAGAAAUAUCCCCCAAAGCAGAUUUUGACCAGGACUAUGCAAAAAGUGUUUCCCUGCUGUCUUAUUCCCAACUACGGGAAGAUGGACUUGAUACGCCAUAUCCUUCUCAACACUCUGCAACAGGCAGAAGAACAUGGACAUCUGAAAAUGCAGUUCGUAAGGACCCUCAGAGCAGGUCUUCUCCUACAUCACAGAAGUGUUGGGAGCUGACCCCGCUCAUGGAACCAACUGGGCACAGCUUUACUAUCUACAAUGGCUCGAUAGACCUCACAGCUGCAGACUUCUUGGCCUUCCAUCAGCACUUUUGUCUCUAUGGGGGCAGUUACUUGACAGUCCUACAAAGGCUGCAAAACCUGUUACAGGAAUAUGCCAUUCCUGUUGCUGUGGUGAAUGGAGAUAACCUAAGAGCAAUUUUACUGCAUCAAGAACUGGGCAUGAGCCCUUCAGUCUCCCAAUUACUGUCUUUAUUUGAAAACCGGUCCUCGGUGAGGAAAAUGCUGAGUAUUCCUGGACAGCGCUAUAAAGGAAAAGAUGGCAGGACGGCAGCUGCAGUGAGUAUCCAGGCUGCUUGGAGAGGAUAUAGAGAUCGUAAAGCAUACCUUGCUUACAGUCGGGAGAGAUGGGCUGCAGGAGUAAUAUCAAUUGCCUGGAUGCUGUAUCUGCAGAAGUCCCGUGUUCGCAAAAUGCUGCAGAAAUCCAGAGAACAACAGCUACAAAACUUCAGAACUCGAUCCAAGCAUCUGGCAUCCAACUGGAAUCACAUCAGGACGUGCAGGAGGAGCAUUAUCCAUAUCCCAUCAUUAGGCUACACGGAACGACAAAGAGCUCAGACCGCUGACCUGCACAUCCAACAGAAUCUGCAAAUAGGCCGCUUGUGUGACAUCGCAGAUCCCAACGUGAACGUCAUCUAUGUGUCCCCAGUGGAAAUAGAUGAAGAGACACAGCAAUAUUAUCGCAGACUGCUGGGUCUGGGGGCAGCAGUGUUAUCUGGGAAUUCCCAGGAUGCAUGUGAACUGCAUGGUAGAUUUACCAUUCUCGUCCCUGAAGCCAUUGGCAGCUUUCCCGGUCACCAGUUGUGCCUGUCCACGCUGCUGAAGUACAGCCCCAAAACCUUGCAGCGUAUAAAGAAUCUAAUUCAGGGUCGUGAAGCCUACAUUGUAGGAGGGGUCAUGCACAUGGAUGACCUUGAAGUGGCAGACUUGCUGGACGUUCCAAUAUUGGGCACUGAACCAGAGCUGGCACAUCUGUACAGGACCAAGUCUGGAAGCAAACGCAUCUUUGCCAGUGCGGGCAUUCCCACUCCUCCUGGAGUAUAUGAUAUCUAUAACGAACAGCAGUUCCUGGAUUCUCUGGGGCAGCUGAUCGCUGAUAACCUCCAUGUGACCCGCUGGUUAUUUAAAGUGGACAAUGAGUUUGGAGGCAAUGGGACAGCAUUCUGUGACAUUGCCAUUCACCUGCCAAGCUACAGCUGGGCUCUGAAUGAGCAGCACCGAUACGGUCGUGACACAUGGAAGCAGACGUGGGCACAAGAGAAAGCUCUACGGAGGAUCACACAAGAGCUCCCCGAAGUGCUGCAGCUCCAUACAAAGUUUGUAAAUAAAAGACGCUUCCCAACAUGGCGGAGGUUUCUACAGGCCUUAAUAAGCUGUGGAGGAAUAAUUGAAGCCUUUCCUCCUGCCGAUAGCAUUACCUGCCUUACUGUAGACUUGCUGAUCAAGCCUGAUGGAGGGACUGAGAUGGUGUCCUGUGGAGAUCAAAUUCACGGUCUUAGCCCCUUGGAGUGCAUUGGCACCACUGUGCCCCAGUGCUCUGUGCCCCCCGAAAUUCUCACUUCCAUCUGCAAUCGGGUUGGAGAGGCCUGCAGGAUCCGUGGCAUUCUUGGCUAUCUAUCGAUGGAUUUACUAAGCUUUAUCGACCUUCAAAACCUGGAGCAGCAGAUUUGGGCCACAGACUUGGAUGUGUGUUAUAGUGACCAGCUGGCUAUGACACAACUCCUGAUGUACUUGACAAGUGGAACCCUGGACUGUACAAACAGCCGUCUAAAUGUUCCCAACCAUCCGAGCAAAAUGGACUAUUCUCAGCGCCAGACUCAGCUUAUAGCGACCUCACCUAUCUCAAAUCGUGUUGCAGUUCUGAGCACACGUCUCGUACAUACAAAUCUCUCUAUGGUGUAUUACAAUGUGUUCUUCAAGAUGUGUAGAGCUCACGGUAUUGGCUUUGAUGUCAAGGAGAAACAAGGGACUGUGUUUUUACUCUUGGAAAAUCAGAAAAGGCAUCGCCUGGGAAUGCUGAGCAUUGCAGAGGACCUCCAGGGAGCUCUCAUGACCUUUGCUCGCAAUCUGUUUAUCAUCCAUCAGGAAAUAUCAACCCCUAACAUGCAGGGUGAAACUAAUUUCAAGAAAAUCGUACAAGAAAUUGAAGGCAUUCUGGGAGUCACAGAAGAAAACAAACUGAAAUUUGAUCAAGAAAGUGAAGACAAUGGCCAUCUCACAGCAAACCCAUAACGGCUUCUUUAAACUGGCGUUUUUACAACAUCUUCCAGGCAAUAUAAAGCAGACUAAUCCAUGUGCUUGUGGUAUUCUGGGAAUUAGAUUUAUGAUUUCCUAGCCUCACAUUGUCAUCACCCAAUUGAUGGGUAAGAUUUAGAAAAUCACAAGGAUUAGUGUGGCAUAUAAGGACCAAAGAUAUGAUUGUAACAAUUGAUGUGCAUGAUUGGCGCCAUUAAAUUCAACUGUAAUGGAAGGAACCAAUCUGGCACAAAUUUGGUGCUUGCCGGCAAUUUGUUUUCUUUUUCAUAAUUGGUUUUGUUUUUAAAAAAUGUAAAAUCCCUCAGUUUAUGACUGACUCUGUUGAUUUUUUUCCUUUGGCAUUUAGCUAUGUCAUAAUUGAUUGCAUCUAUCUUUGUAAGCCAUGUGUAUUAAAAAAAAAAAUGGUAUACUUUAAAAAUGCUUCGUAGACACAAUUUUGCCUAUUCAGUACAUGUCAACAAUUUAAGUAAUGUUUUGUGCUUGUGACUCAUCAACUAUCAUCUAGCACUUACUGUGUCAGCUGACCCUUACAAAAUGGCUGACAAGCUGCCACAUGGAAACCUGCACAGGCCAUUCAGAAUGUUGAAAGGUUUGCAUUAUUAUUUUAUAACCGUGUGCAAUCGUCUAAGCUCUCUUCAAAUUAGAAUCAUUCUCUGUUAGUAUCCCCUUCACCUUGUAGUUAUGCAUCCAGACAUACUCAGGCCGCUCAACUGUAUGACAUGAUAUUAUCCCAACCCAUAAUUUAGCAUUAUGUUUUUAAGCUACUGUCCCAGGCCACUGGCUGACAUUUAGAGGAAGUCUUUCUGUUCUCACACAGGAAAUUCUGAAUAUACAGAACAGGGAAACUAUUCCAAGGUGCUUUGUUUAGGGAUGUAAGCUCCUCGGGCCACUGGUAGAUACUAUGCAAAGUAAUAUUUAAUUAUAGUAUAAAGUAGCACACUAGCUACUAUUAAAACGUUACGUGAAGAUAAACAUACAGACAGACUUUAUCAGACACAGAUAGCCCAAUCCCUGAUAUAAAAACAUCACUCAUAUCUAUUCCUCUUUCUGUCAGUCCUGCUAAUAAUAUGCAUUUGGUCUGCCACAAUGAAACCUAUUCCCAUGCACACCUGUAGCCAGGUAGCACAGGGGGGAAUUUUUCAGGUAUUCGGUCCAGGGAAAAACAUGAGUUGUGUGAGAGAUUAUAUUUGUAUGUAUGUUAUAAUUUAUGUAUUGUCAUCAAGAAUAUGCAAAACGAUUCAGUGAGUAAAAACUUAAUUCUG